AGUAAAUACGAUGUUAUUCGUACAAAUGUAUGGUCGAGGAAUGUGACGAAUGAGAGGGUUUUAUGUUUGAUAUAAACAGCCGUAUAUUUUUGACAAUACGAAGUACUUUAAUUGUUCGUUUUUAAAAUGAUUUUGUACCUUGUAUUGUUGUAUGUGUAUGCCUGCCAAAGUCAGGAAGUGACACGACUUGAAGCUGGUGAUCAUAUUAAAGGAAAGUCAUGGUGUAACAGUUGCAUAUGUCCAGCUUCACAUACAACUUACUAUAAUUUACGCGGUGAUGAACAAUGUAUAAAUGCCAACGGAAUAGGGUGUUUUUUAAAAGUUGAUGGAUACACAACAGAUGUCCCUUUAAUAACACACAGCAUGAUCAACAAAACAGACUUUCGCAUUACUAAAGACGGUGGAAAUCUUUGUCCGACUAUGUUCGGUACAUAUGAGGCAUCAAGUGUAAGAAUGUUAGCGCUGACAGAUAGAUGGGAAAAUUUUCAAACAUUUAUGUCUAAUUUAUCUUCGUAUAGCAUACCUAAUGUCAAAGAAGUAAGUUAGCUAUGUAAUACAUUGAUAAGAACACAAAUACUGCUAUUAGUUUUUUGUAGUAAAAUAUUGAGUUUGUUCAACAUUACUUUGUUACUUUUCAAUAUGUUUUAAAUUUUAUAUAAAAGUAAAGUUUCAUAAAAUAUGGUCUGGAUUGCUAAUAGAACUUGAAGUCAAGUGUAAAGCAAGCAAUGGAAAUGAGUACACACCACGUGAAAAUUGCGUUCUAUUCAAAUAUGAAGGUACAGCAGCGUGUGAGUAACAAUAAUAUUCUUUCUCUCUUGUAAACUUUCCAUGGCUUGCAAUUUAACUUUAAAUAUACUUUUUAAGGGCGUAUAAACCCUCCUCUCUAUAACUUGUGAUAGGAUUUCUCAAAAUGAACAGAAAUUUACCACAUUUGUAGUAUCUCACGAAUGAAUAAUUUUUUUUUGCUAAUGGCAGCAGUUUUUUGUGACAUAAUCAGAAACAUAACAUUCUUCCAAAUUAUCGUUGUCUGCCUAAAAUGUAAGUACGUAUUAGUAUUAGUAUUAGAAAGAAUUUGAACAGUCUGCUCGAAUUUUCUGAGAGUUAUAUAAAGGUUAUUUAAUAUAAUAUCAGUUCUUACAUAUUUUAGAUAAUAAAAUGUCUAAGAACUCGAUACAUCGAAAAAUUGAGGUAAUCGCGUGUCAAACCUUUGCAAACUGAUUACCUUCAAUGAAAAAAGCUAUGUUCACACCUCUACCGGAUGUUAUUAGAUUUCACCAAUUAUAAAGAUUGCGAAUAAAUAUCUCGUAGUUUCGAGUAAUAGCCAAUAUCUGGAAGA